UCCCUCGAACAGAUGAUGCUCUCCCUUAUAUGACAUCGAUUUUUCGUUCCAUAGAUUUAAGUUGUCAAUUCAUUUCAUAAUUGCCUGGAGAGUGCCAAGUGGAGGUUGGAGGUGUUGUGUAAUUGUUGUUUCUCAGUAAACGCUGAUUUGCUUACAGUCGCGGUCGUAAUCCAGUUGAUAUCACAACAAACAACAUGGCAAAGCUGGAUGAAAAGAUAGGUUUCAUUGGAGGUGGAAACAUGGCCUUCGCAAUCGGGUCGGGCCUUGUCAAUCGCGGCAUUGUUAAGGCGGGCCAAGUCAUGGCUUCCGGUCCGCAUCUGUACAACCUGGAGCGAUGGAAAACUUUGGGAGCGAAUAUCACAGAUGACAAUGCAGAACUUCUGGAGAAAUCAGAUAUUAUUUUCAUCUGCGUUAAGCCACACAUUCUAGAGCCGUGUUGCUUGCAACUGAAAACAACCUACGCCCCAACUCCCAGGGAUAAGGAUAAAUUAUUUGUUUCCGUUCUGGUUGGCGUCAAAUUGCCUGCUCUCGAGAAGCAUUUUGAUUUCAUAAAAGGUUUGAAAAUGAUACGGACAAUGCCAAACACUCCAAUGCAAGUUGGCGAAGGCUGUUCUAUCUACUCUCCUGGGUCGUACGUCACACAGCAGGAUCUUGAAAAAGUCCACUUGAUGUUGAAUGCUCUUGGGCUUGCACAGCAAGUUCCGGAAAACAUGAUCGACAGCAUAACUGCGGUCCAAGGCUGUGGUCCUGCUUUCGUUUUCACAAUUAUUGAAGCAUUGGCUGACGGUGGUGUGAAGCAGGGCGUUCCUAGGCAGAUGGCAUUACAAUUUGCUUCCCAAGCUGUGUUAGGAGCUGCAAAGACUGUUCUUGUAACAGGAAAACAUCCAGCAGUUUUAAGAGAUGAGGUUUGUUCGCCAGGCGGAUCUACAAUUUGUGGCGUACAUGAACUCGAGAAGGGUCAAUUAAGGGCAACAUUGAUAAACGCGGUCGAAGCAGCUGCAAAGAAAAGCAUUGAAUUAGGAAAUAAAUAUAGUUAAAAGAAAUCUA